AUGAAGGCAAAGGGACAUCUUCAGGAUGACUCGACAAAGAAACAUACUGAAGAUACUAGGAGAAGAAAACAUCUUCAUACAAAAGAUAAGAAACAAGACAGCAUCUUAUACCCUGUGGCGCAGAAAGGGAAUCUUCAUACAGGAAAUCACACGCCGAGGGAGAUCUUCAGAAUUCCGCGAGGAAGUUAA